CAGUGGACCGAUGCAAAAUUGACAUGGGAUCCAUCAAAAUAUGGUGGUAUCACAACGCUGCAUAUUCCCAGCGAUCAGAUUUGGAGACCGGAUCUUGUACUCUACAACAACGCAGCAGGCGACCCGGAUAUAACAGUGUUUACCGGUGCUCUUGUCGCAUAUGAUGGAAGUGUUCUGUGGCAACCACCGGCGAUUUAUAAGUCAUUUUGCCCGAUUGAUGUAACCUGGUUCCCUUACGAUUCACAAAGCUGUGAAAUGAAAUUUGGAGCAUGGUCUUAUACCGGCUAUUAUGUGGAUUUGAAACAACUUCCACAAGGUCAGGCGGUGAACGGCACUGACAAAUAUGGGCAAGAUGUGGAAACUAUGGAAAAUGGCAUGGAUCUUAGCUUCUUCUAUCGGUAA